AAAGCAGAUAAUGAGCUUCUCUCUCUCUCAGCUGUUUCUCUUCUCUUGUAGCAAACCCUACACCUCCAGAAGAGAAGGAGAACAAUGGGGGCUUUGAAAGCUAAGAAGAAGCCAAGCGAAUCUGAAGACUUAGAGCUCCUGAAAUCAGAUGUAGCAUCUUUCGUUUCUUCAAUUGGUUUCUCUUCCGCAGCAUCUUCGUCUCUUCCUAGUUCUGGUUUCGACGAUUCUGAUUUUAAGAAAACUGGUCCUCUCAAACCUAAGGGACGAGAUAAGACUCCCAAACCCCAGCCAUCUAUUAAUGGAGGCCGGAAUUUGCAGAAGGAAGAGGUGGAAAAGAAGAAGAAGAAUGAUCAACGAGUUAAAACUGGACCUCCUGUUUUAUCACUCGAUCAUUCUAAGCCCAUUGAUCGAUGGAAGAAUUUUCCGAAGCUUCCGCUGGUGAAGGCUAGUUCACUGGGGAUUUGGUAUGCUGAUGCAGCUGAAUAUGAAGCAAAGAUUAUUGGAAGUGAAGCGAAAAAGACUGAGGCCAAGAGUGCAGAUGAAGUGAAGAACUUGGUUGCGAAGAAGAAGGAGCUUGCCGAGAGACUGUUGUCACAGUAUACGCAUGAUUUCGAGUUGUCAAGGGGGAAGAGCGGGGAUAUAAAGAUGCUCAUGACAACGCAACGAUCAGGAACAGCCGCAGACAAGGUGUCCGCAUUUUCACUGUUAGUGGGGGAGAACCCAAUUGCAAAUAUGAGAUCGCUUGAUGCACUCCUAGCGAUGGUGACAUCGAAGGUUGGAAAACGCCACGCGUUGACAGGCUUUGAAGCUUUAUCAGAAUUGUUUUUGUCAAGUCUUUUACCGGAUCGUAAGCUGAAAACUCUUGUCCAACGACCGCUGAAUCAGCUGCCUGAAUCAAAAGAUGGUUACUCACUUUUACUCUUCUGGUAUUGGGAAGAAUGCUUAAAGCUGAGGUAUGAACGCUUUAUUUUUGCACUGGAGGAAGCAUCUAGAGAUAUGUUACCUGUACUCAAAGAUAAGUCAUUGAAGACUUUAUAUGCACUCCUGAGAAGUAAACCGGAGCAGGAACGAAGGUUGCUAUCUGCUCUGGUUAACAAGCUGGGUGAUCCUACUAAUCGGGCUGCAUCUAAUGCCGAUUUUCAUUUGUCAAACCUAUUAUCGACACAUCCGAAUAUGAAGGCUGUAGUGAUUGGCGAGGUGGAUUCUUUUCUCUUUCGACCUCAUUUGGGAUUACGAGCGAAGUACCAUGCUGUUAACUUCUUGAACCAAAUUCGUCUGGGCCAUAAAGGAGAUGAGCCAAAAGUUGCAAAGCGUUUGGUGGAUGUAUAUUUUGCACUAUUUAAGGUCUUGAUUUCUGAGGCGAAUGGUGUUCAAAAAACAGGCAAGGGCAGCAAGGAGGAGAAGAAAGCUAAUGAAUCUCUUAAACAUAAUAAAGGAGAAAGUCCUAUAGUUUCCAAUGUUGAAAUGGAUUCACGGCUUCUCUCUGCUUUGCUGACGGGAGUCAACAGAGCAUUUCCUUUUGUUGCAAGUGAUGAGGUAGAUGAUAUUAUUGAAAUCCAAACACCUAUGCUAUUCAAAUUGGUUCAUUCGGAGAAUUUCAAUGUUGCUGUUCAGGCUUUAAUGCUUCUUGAUAAGAUUUCGUCCAAGCAUCAGAUUGUUAGCGAUAGGUUUUAUCGUGCUCUGUAUUCAAAACUUCUGAUGCCAGCUACUAUGAAUUCUUCAAAGGCUGAAAUGUUUAUUGGACUACUACUUAGAGCUAUGAAGAGUGACAUAAACUUGAAGAGGGUUUCUGCUUUCUCAAAACGUAUCCUGCAGGUUGCCCUUCAGCAGCCCCCUCAGUAUGCCUGUGGAUGCCUCUUUCUCCUGUCUGAAGUCCUCAAAGCAAGACCACCUUUAUGGAAUAUGAUGCUUCAGAAUGAAUUAGUUGAUGAUGAUCUUGAACACUUUGAAGAUAUAAUGGAAAAAACUGGAAAUGAAACGGGCAUGUCUCCAGUGAAGCAAGAACAGGGUACCAAUGAAAUUGUUCAGACUAUAAGUGAUGGUUUGAAAACUGGUGAUGAUUCUUCCUCUGAUUUGCAAGAUGAUGAUUCUCUAGCUUCGUACUCUGAAGAUGGGUCAGAUGGAGUAGAGGACCUUUUUGGGGGAGAUGGUCUAAAUGAUGUCCAGGAUUCCAAAGGAGAAUCUGUUUCUGAACGUAGUCACCCUCAAGUAUCUAGUAUAAAUUCUUCAAUGCCUGGAGGGUACAACCCACGUCACAGGGAACCUUCUUACUGCAAUGCAGAUCGUGCAAGCUGGUGGGAGCUGAUGGUUCUGGGUUCUCAUGUGCACCCAUCAGUUGCAACCAUGGCUAAGACGCUCCUUUCUGGUGCCAAUAUUGUUUACAAUGGGAACCCUUUAAAUGAUCUGUCACUUACUGCUUUCCUUGACAAGUUUAUGGAGAAGAAACCGAAGGCAAGCACAUGGCAUGGUGGUUCCCAAAUUGAACCCUCCAAGAAGUCGCAGAUGGUUACAAACAAGGAUCUGAUUGGUGCUGAGAUUCUCUCAUUGGCUGAAGUGGAUGUGCCUCCUGAGGACUUUGUCUUCCACAAGUUCUACGUGAACAAAAUGAAUUCCUUAAAGAAGCCAAAGAAGAAGAAAAAGAAGAAAGGAGCUGAGGAUGAAGCUGCCGAAGCGUUGUUCGCAGUGGAUGGUGGCGAUGAGAGUGACAAUGAGGAGAUAGAUAACCUGUUGGAUGCUGGAGAUCUUCCUUUGGGAUCCAAAGGUGAUUAUGAUUAUGAUGAUCUGGACCAAGUUGCCAAUGUUGACGACAGUGAACUGCUAGGGAGUGGCAGUGGAAGUGACAUUGAGACAGACCUCCCUUCUGAUUUUGCCGAAAGAGAAGAUGGUGAUGAUGAUAACGUGAAUAUUGGAGAUGCGGAUGACGAUGGUGGUGAUGAUGAUGAUAACAUGAAUAUUGGAGAUGCAGAUGACGAUGGUGGUGAUGAUGAUGAUAACGGCAGUUCCAUCAAUAGGAGAAAGCGUAAGUCUGGAGGAAGAGCUGCGACAUCUCCAUUUGCAAGUCUUGAAGAAUAUAGUCAUCUGUUGAAUGAGGAUAAUGCCACGGAAGAAGGGCCCAAAUAUGAUCCGCUAUUGAAUGAGGGCGGUGCCAAAAGAAAAAAACCGAGGUCUCAAAAAAAGAGGUCAUCAAAGUGACAGCUUCCCUUUAGUGGCAUGCAGGAUCAUACAUUUAUUUUAACUUCUGAGUUUUUCUCUCUUCCUUUUUGUUUGUAAAUUAUACUGUGGAUCCUCCCUUCACUGGUGUUUUUACACCAAUGUUUGAUUUAUGAUGUUCAUAAAGGUCUAGGCCAGAUGUUUUUGGUUUUGCCUUUGGCUAGAGGCUGAUCCAUGGGAGGGAAAAUUCAGAGUGCUUGAAGGGUAACGUCGAUCAAUGUAUUUUAGCUCAUAUUAUUCAGUUAAAAGAUAGAUCUGUCUUUGACUGUC